CCAGUUUCUGCAUUUGGGAAGAGAAGCUGUAGUGACUGAUUUUCUGAGAAAGAUUAAGCGCGAAAGCAAAACUGAUUCGGGAUCUGUGAAGGGUCUUCAUGGCAGUCAGAAGGGGACACAUUAGAUACUUAAAAGAGGUCUAUGACAUGUCGAACGGUUACGAAGAUCACAUGGCAGAUGAGGCCAAAGAUGCCAAAACAAACCUGAUUGUAAAUUACUUACCUCAGAACAUGACCCAGGAUGAGCUCCGCAGUCUGUUCAGCAGCAUCGGGGAGGUGGAGUCUGCAAAACUCAUCCGCGACAAAGUAGCAGGCCACAGUUUAGGGUACGGAUUUGUUAACUAUCUUAACCCUAGUGAUGCAGAAAGGGCAAUCAAUACACUCAAUGGGCUGAGACUACAAUCUAAAACUAUCAAGGUAUCGUACGCUAGGCCCAGCUCAGACACCAUUAAGGAUGCUAACCUGUACAUUAGCGGUCUUCCCAAAUCCAUGACCCAGAAGGAUGUGGAGGACAUGUUUUCUCGCUACGGACGAAUCAUUAACUCGCGUGUGCUUGUCGAUCAGGCCACAGGUCAGCGCGACAGCUUGUCUCGUGGCGUGGCCUUUAUCCGUUUCGAUAAGAGAGCAGAAGCAGAAGACGCUAUCAAGGAGUUAAACGGCCAGAAACCACCUGGCGCCGCGGAGCCCAUCACGGUGAAGUUUGCCGCCAACCCCAACCAGGCGAAAAAUUCCCAAAUCCUCUCCCAGAUUUAUCACUCUCAGUCUCGCCGCUUCGGAGGGCCGGUCCACCACCAGGCCCAGCGCUUCAGGUUCUCUCCCAUGAGUGUGGACCACAUGGGCGGUAUCUCUGGAGUUAAUGUACCAGGAAACUCCACGUCGGGCUGGUGCAUUUUCAUCUACAACCUGGGCCAGGAUGCCGACGAGGGCAUCCUCUGGCAGAUGUUCGGCCCCUUUGGAGCCGUGACUAACGUCAAAGUCAUCCGUGACUUCAACACCAACAAGUGCAAAGGGUUUGGGUUUGUAACCAUGACAAACUACGAGGAGGCUGCAAUGGCCAUUGCCAGUCUUAAUGGCUAUCGCCUCGGGGACAAAAUUUUACAGGUGUCAUUCAAAACAAGCAAGUCGCACAAAUAAAAGUGCAGAUUGGCUGGGCAGAUGAAGGGGAGAAAUGUUGCGUUUUCUACAGGAGCAGUGAGGUUGGGGGGGCAGUUUCAGAAACCAGUUCUUUUUAGUAUAAUCCACUCAAUGCAGAUUUUCACUUUUCACAGUCUUUGUAGAAGUCUGUUGGAGAGAGUAGAGACCUU